CCUACCACUUCGAAUUCUUACUACCCUAUCAUUGCCAAAUGAUCUCUUUGAGCGAGCAACAACUCUUGGUUUAAAAACUUUGGAAGACGAUAAUACGAAACAAGACGAUUUACCAAAGAUUCCUGGUAGUGGUGUAUCUAGAUUCCUAUUUCACAAGAGCCAACAAGAAAAUAUACCAUUGAUCAUGAUUAUAUUUUUUGCGAUAGAAGGAGAUAACACACAGGAUGCCUUCUUGCUUGCAAAUUACACAAACUCUUUAUUAAACUUGCUUCCUCAACAACAAG